AUGUCACAAGUCCCUACCCAGAGAACGUCCUCAAUCCAGGAUGAGGACCGGCAUGGCUCAAAUCGUACCGAUACGUUCGUGUCAGAAGAUCAGGAGCCCGAAACGAUUGAGCAAUUCAGCGACUCUCCAUCAGCAAACCGAUCCUGGUCAGAAAGACUACGACAGCUGUCGCAAAUAGCGGAGAACACCAUCGAUCGUCGUGGUGUUGCACCAGAAGCCGAAGAUGCCCUUCAAGCGCACCUGGACGCUCUGGAGUCAAUCUUCACGAAUGCGUCGCCAGAGCUGACGAGCGAGGCCUCGACGCCUUCGCGACCGACCUCGGAGGAACCAACUGUCGCAAGAUUUACCGACUUCAAUCAAAUGAACGAUGACGAUGCGCCGUCAAUUGGUCCCGAGCAUCACCAUCUGGGUCAUGCCGCUUUAUUGACGCAAUUGACGCAUCUAUUGAGCGAGAUUACUUCGCUUAAUGAGGAGGUUGAGCGACGACGCAACGAGGCCCGCCACAUCCGCGAGAGAUUCGAAGAGAAGUGCCGCGGUCUGACUCGCGACGUUACCGAGCUAGAGGAAGAAGUACUGGAAUUACAUUCCGAUAUCAUCGAAGAUGCCAUUGAUCUAGAAUGUUUACAGGGCACGGUCAAGGGACUGCAUGAGUGGACCAACCGUACGAAGGAGGAGCAGGAAAGGAACCGCGCAUUGAGGGAUUUCUCGGCUCAAUACCACCGUACGCGGGGGUCCUGGAUGGGCCGCAAAAGCAAAGGGAAUCGGGGAGAUCGAGAUGCGGAGAUAGACCGUGAAAGGAUCCUCGACGGGAUAGCUGCAUGGAUGCGAGGUUGGAGGGAUCUCGAGGUCGAAUUUGAAGUGCGAUCGCGAGCUCGACGGAUGAGGAGAGACAAAAGGCAAGAAGAGCUCAUGAGGGCAGCGGAGAAGUCCGUGCCCGCGCGAAAUGAACAAGGUCAAUCGUUGGAGGUGGAAGACACGCGAUUGAGCCACUGA